UCAAAAUACCCUCACGGUCAGAAUAUUGAUUUAAAGCUGAAAAAGAAUUUGGUCAGUAUACUGGCAGAUAGGUAAGCCCUUAGCUUAUAAGGCUGAACCAGACCCAGUCUAAGCCAAGAAAGCAUUUGAAUAAAUUCAAAAGAAAUCAUUCAAGAUCUAUCUGUCCCAAAUUUAGGCUGAAAAUGAAAUAAGAUCAAGAGAAGCAUCAGAAAAGUCAUGAAGAGAAAUAAAGAAAUUAAACUUUGUGAUUCAUUUCAAAAGAAUGGCAAGGGUUAUAACAGAAGUUUAUGAGAGAACAAAUCUCUACCGAAAAUUCCAGUUAGUUCAUAUCAUGUUAGAACAGAUUCAAAUCAGGAAAAGUUUAGUCCCCUGAUAAAAUAUAACAGCUCUUUUGUGAAAAAAGAGUGAAGCAUGGAUAGAUCACUUUCAGAAAACCUUCUUCUCAGCAGAGAUGGGAUUAACUGCAGUAAGAAUAGCUCAGGGAGUCAGAGACACAUGAAGAAUCAGUUGAGUCUUGAACUACCAAUGCAAAGUAAAGAUAUUCUGUCUUCGCAUCCAUAUAUGAAUUCAUGACAAGCCAAUAAUGAAAAUAAGGAACUUAGAUUGCCCCUUGGAGGAGGAGGCUGAGCUAAACAAAUGUAUAAAUUUAAAUCAAAAUUAUUUGAGUCUUUCAGAAGCCACAACUCUCUAACCUCCAAUAACAAACGUUUGAUAAAAUCAAGGUCUUAUGAAAAAUAAGAGGUUUCUGUCUCAAAGACUUUUGAGCAAAAAGUCAUCUUCUCGGAAAACUCGGAGGCCUGGUAAGCCAAAGUCAAGAAAGCGUAGAGAGGCAGAUUUGUCAAACUCUAUCUAUAUAAUCAAGCAGGGUGAAGAAAAAUCUGUAUAUACUCCAAAUGUUAAAGGCAAGAAAAGAGUCAGAUUUUAUACCAAGAAGACCCUUAAAAAUAUUGAAAGUGUCUGAAAUGUCGAAAUCAUGCGAAUGAAGAUCAGUAUCUCACAGAGGAGAUAAUUCAUGUACUCAUACGUUUGCUAUCAACGAGGGGUAUCAAAUAUUUUAGAAAUUUUAUUAGAUUGUAAAAGCUUAAU